GAAAAUCAGUGCGUAGACAUAUCGCGACAUUCCAUUGUCGUUCCAUUUCCUCUUCCGAAAAUUUUGAAGCACACCGAAUAUCUUCUGUGUUUAAUUCAGUUAAAACGCUGGUAAGCUUCUUGGAGAAAUAACUGAUAAGUAACCAUCUUUUUUUUUAUCUGAAAUUGGUUACGAAUAUUUAUGAGCGAAAUGCAUGAAGGCUAAAUACAUGUGUUGGGGUAGCUAAAGCAAUUGCCACAACCGAUAACAUUUGCCCCCGUCGGGUUCGAGCUAAUUCAUCUAUACGCUCGGUACAAUUAUGGGCCAUAGUUUGCUGUAUUAAACAUGUUUGUGUUUUGAUAAUGACAAGUAAGUAACUUGCCCAACUUGUUGGAGCUAUAGGCCUAUCAAAAUUAGAUCUGACUACAGCUUCCAUUUUAUUCUUCCGAUAAUCAUGUGCCCAUUGAUGAUGACGUGUAACAAUCCUAUGGUGGAGAAUCGAAAAUAAAAUAAUAAAUUAUGUCAAAUCAUGACGCCAGUGAUCUUCUUGUCGGAGGUUUAGAAAGAUGUCCGAGUUGGAUGACCGUUGAAAACGAUUUCUUUGUCGGAACUAGUUUUUUCCGAGUUCCCAGUUGUCUUGAACGCUCGGAAGUCGGAGAUUUCCAAGUUCCCAGUUGUUUUGAACGAGGCAAUAAGCUGCCUUAGGUAGCCAGAUAGAAUCCUAUGGGUGCGUUCAACUGUCCAGUCGUUGCUGACGCCUGCCAGAUCUUACAAGGUAUGAACUAUCCUGAUCUCGCGAACUUACAUUUUGUUUCGCUACACUGGAUACAGCGAAACAGAAUUUAAGCUCACAAGAUCAGGAUGGUUCGAACAAGGCUAGGGGAUCGCGACCUAUGAGAUUUGUGCUUACUUUGUCGUUCAUUAAGUCUUUCACGUGUUCCCCAGAUAUGAGGCUGUGUCUGCUAUUUGUGGUCACUCUGUUGUCCUUGGCCCCGGCAGUUCGUGGUGGUGACAAAAAGAAGCUCCAAAUUGGCAUCAAGAAAAGAGUUGACAACUGCCCCAUCAAGUCACGUAAAGGGGAUGUGCUGAACAUGCACUACACUGUGAGUAAUAAGGAGGAUGCUUCUCCUUUUGGACACUGAAUGAAAAGCAAAAUAUCUAGAAGCAGCAUCUAUUUCCAUCUAAUGCGCAUUCAAUGAAUGUCAUCACAAUAGAUUGGAGAUCAGAAAUUGACACAUUUGAACAAAUGACCGUGUGUUUAGUCAAUAACUGUGCGUUUGUCUGCAGGGAAAGCUGGAGGAUGGAACAGAGUUUGACAGCAGCAUUCCAAGGAACCAGCCCUUCACCUUUACUCUGGGAACUGGACAAGUCAUCAAAGGCUGGGACCAGGGCCUGCUCGGGUUGGUGCCUGUUUCCUUUUCUUCUUUCCCCCUGUUGACUUGAGUGUGCUCAUGCAUGUAACUGGAUGACUUGUGAGGUAUUACAUUUGCAGACAGUGUAAAAACUAUAGAAUUAUGUGCUUUUGGAUAUAAGGUGUAAAAACAAAUUGACUUCUGACUUCAUGUGAAGUUCUUAAUCCAUCAAUCGCACUUUCUCUCUUUAGAAUGUGUGAGGGAGAGAAGAGGAAACUGGUCAUCCCCUCUGAGCUUGGUGAGUUUGAACGCUGAUACUUCACACUGUUCCAAUGGUCACUUACAUCUUCCACAUGUUCUACUGAUGACUAAAUCUAGCAUGCAUUAUCAACGUAGGUUAUAUAAACCCAAUCAAUUAUCAUGCAAAAUAAAAAGCCCUAUAAACCUUGGAGUCCAUUUUCCCAACCCCUCACACUUUUCUGACCUCUCCAUUUAUAUUCCUUCUUUUGUAGGAUACGGAGACAGAGGAGCGCCUCCUAAGAUUCCAGGUAUUUCAGAUAAUUCUCUACAUCUCCCACUGACUUUCUCUACAAGUCAGUGUCUGAGGUAACCAUGUCUUAUUAUUUUAUUGUGAAGAGCUUUCUACUAUCUUAGGCUGUAACUACCCUGUCUCUCCAACAGGUGGUGCCACUCUCAUUUUUGAAGUGGAACUGCUCAGCAUCGAGAGGAGGUCUGACUUGUAGUGAACAUUAACUUCAAAUAAAAUAAGCGGCCUGUUAGUGCUGGUUUUAAGUCAGUGUGCCCUACCAUAACUCCUAGACCAACACACAGGUUGACCGUUUCUCUUUACCAUUAGUCAUAGUACUGAGUACUGUAUAGUGCUAUAAGCAGUUGAAGACCCUGCAUAAUAUACAUACUAUUCAACUAUAACUAACAUCAUAUGUAACUGUGGUACUCCCUGGUGAAUUUGAACUCCAAUGCCUUAAACAUUUGAUAAUUUUUAGUUCAGCAUUCAAAGUUGCUCCUUGCCUCAUUCCUGUGUUAUGUUUUCCUGAAUGUUAUGCCAUGACCAGCUCUAGCUCUUUGACUUAAAUGUAUCAUCAUUCUCAUUUGGAGUAAUUUACCAGCCUGAUAAGUGUAAUUUACAGGGUACGUAUCAUGUUGAAGGAACAGGUUGAAUAACACACAUGCGAUAUGGUAGCACAAGAUAAGCGAUGGUGCACUAUUCAAUAGGGUUUUGGGCUAUAUUGAAAGGAUUCUUUGUAACAGAUUUUCCAUUUUGGAAUUCCAAUUUCACUACAUUGGUAUACAAGACUUGACCAAUGUUCUUGUUUCAGUAAAAUAUUAAAGAUUUGGAUUUUCAAAGUGUGACUUUUUCCCCCCGGAAGAUAUUUAGCUACAGUACCUUUACAUUUGUCAUUUAGCAGACUAUCUUACUUACAGGAGCAAUUAGGGUUA